UGUGAGAUAGACUGAGAUAGACUCUAACAUGAUUACAUGAGUGAUGAGUAUUUGAUAAAUGAUGUUUUGUUUUUAAUUUGGACACAACUUGGCCUGGCCAUGAUUUCUCAUCUACCCGUCACGGCCAAAUUAUUGAACAAAAUAAUUAUACAAGUGGCCAUAACACUCCCACCUCCCCGGGUUGGUACCCGUCGUCGGCGACACAUUAUUAAAAGUGGAGUGCGACAUUUGGAACGUACCCUAAUACUUAUAAAUCCUCCCCGGGUUGAUUCCCAUAAUUAAUUAUAAUCAAUCAAUUUAGUUAAUAAUAAUAAUAAUAAAUGGUUGAAUCAAAUUCGAAACCCGUGCAACAAAAGCCUCAUGCAAUGUUAUUGAGCUAUCCCCUUCAAGGCCACGUCAUCCCGUCCGUCCACCUGGCGUACAAGCUGGCGGAGAACGGCUUCGCCGUCACCUUCGUCAACACCCAAUCCGUGCACCGCCACCUCUCCAAGAGCAACGCCAGCAGCCACCACCGCGGCGGCGGCGAAGACAACAUCUUCGCCGGAAUCCGGGAGCGGGCGGGGCUCGACAUCCGCUACCUCGCCAUCCCGGACGGGCUCCCGGUGGAGUGGGACCGGUCAGAGAACCACGACCAGUUCUUCGCGGCGCUCCUGCACGUGUACUCUGCACACGUGGAGGAGGCUCUCAGGGGAAUGCUGAAGUCGACGGGCGGCGGCCCCCCGGUCAACUGCUUGAUCGCCGACUCGUUCUUCGUCUUCCCCGGGAAGCUGGCGAAGAAGUAUAACCUUCUGUACAUAUCUUUCUGGACCGAACCGGCUCUGGUUUUUACGCUCUAUUAUCACCUCCAUCUCUUGCGUUUGCAUGGCCACUACGACCGUAAAGAUUCAGAUGUGGGCGGGGAGGAAGUGAUCAACUACGUGCCCGGAGUUGAAUCAAUCCGGCGACGGGAUUUGAUGUCCUACCUCCAAGCCAAAGACACCGCAACCGUCUGCCACCAAAUCAUCGACGCCGCCUUCGACGACGUCAGAGACGCCGAUUUCGUCCUCUGCAACACCGUCCACGAGCUGGAGCCCCACACCAUUACCGCCCUCGAGAAGAAGAUGAAGUUCUACGCCAUGGGACCCAUCUUCCCCCCGGCGUUCUCCGCCAGCCCGGUGGCCACCAGCCUCUGGUCCGAGUCCGACUGCUCCCGCUGGCUCGGGUCCAACCCGCCCGGCUCGGUCCUGUACGUCUCCUUCGGGAGCUACGCCCACCUCUCCAAACCGGAUCUCCUGGAGAUCGCGUUUGGGCUUUCGCUCAGCGGGGCGAAUUUCCUCUGGGCUCUCCGCCCGGACAUGGUCUGCUCCGGCGACCCGAACCCGCUUCCUUCGGAUCUAACGGAGGAGAUCUCCGGCCGCGGGAUGAUCGUGCCGUGGUGCAAUCAGAAGCAGGUUUUGGGCCACCCGGCGAUCGGCGGGUUCCUGACCCACUGCGGCUGGAACUCGACUCUCGAGGGGAUCUGGUGCCACGUCCCGCUGCUCUGCUUCCCUCUCCUCACCGAUCAGUUCACCAACCGGAAACUCAUCGUCGACGACUGGAAGUGCGGGCUGAAUCUGUGCGACGAGACGCCGGUCUCGAGGGCCGAAAUCUCGGAGAAGGUAAAACGGAUUAUGGGCGGGAAAUCGAGCGAAGCACUGCGAGAUGCAGUGAAGCGGGUGAAGAAGACGAUGGAAGAUGCCCUGUUUAGCAAAAACGGAUCCUCCCAAGAAAAUAUGGGUCGGUUCAUCAAGGACGUAAACCUUGCGGUUCAAAACAAAGUGACAAUCAGUUGAUUUUUUUUUCCAUUUUAUUGUGCUCUAAUAAACAGUAUUAUUAAAUUCGGGCCGAACUAGUCGAUCGAACCGGUUAAAUAAAGACCGGAGAUCAAAACGAUUCAAUCCAUCUCUUCAAAAAUCAAUGAGUUUGCAGAUUAUCCACCGGUCCGAGUUUAAUAAUAUUGAUUAUAAAAAGUUAAUGUGUGAUUCUAUGGUGAAUUAAUAAUUUUUUUUCUCACGAAAAGAAAUGGUGAAGUGAGCUUUGGGAAUAAAAAAUUGUUGCAAAA